CAAAGGUUGCUUCGUCCGACCCUGUAAAAGUCUAUAAUUAUAAGUACAAAAAGUGUCUGGAUUUUAUUGAGCAAAACUACGAUCCUUUGAAGCGCUCAAAGGCAAUUUCACUAAAGGAAUCGUUCAAG